ACGUUCUGCAGGGCCCAGAAGAGGCGCGGCCACCUGGCCUCCAUCCAUGACGAGGCAGAGUCACGUCAGUUGGCCAAGUAUGUCUCCCGGCAUCUCAGGUAUAGAAACGUCUGGAUCGGACUGAGGGCUGAAAAGCAAGGACGAGUAUGGCGGUGGACCGAUGUCUCCACAACCAACUACGCAACCUGGGAACACGGAGAGCCCAACAACGUUCUGCACAACGAGGACUGCGCUGAGUUGUGGUCCCGGUCAGGGUACCUCUACUGGAACGACAACAACUGCAAUUCGCUGACUGCUUUCCUCUGCCAGUACCCGCUCCAGCCCUAG